UCAAAUUCAAUUAUUAUAUCCACGCCUCUGGACUUUGAAAUUAGGCGUCACGACACUGCACGUAGACGCGGGGUUCGCAUACAUAAACAAAAUUCCCGCUGAAAUUCCUAUGCCGACAAAAUGAGGGAAGUCACAAUUAUAUUGGUGCUUCUGUUCUCUUCGAGUUUAGUCGCCGCUUUUUGUCCUCUGGAUAAAAUCCACAGAGUCGGCCACUGUUCGUAUAGAAUCGUUUGUAUUAAUACUAUAAGCGACAUCAACUUGGACUCCGAAUGCCAAGGCUCCAGCAACUACAACGUCCAGGUCGACGUCAUUCUUCAGAAUGCCUCUGAUACUUUCCAUGUCGGAGCAGAUCCAGAGCUGUUCACAAUGAUCACGACGCUAUCGAUCCACGGGAACUGGCCAAGAACUGAACUAUCUUUUUUGGAUAACAUGUAUCGACUCAGGAACCUCCAUAUUAUUAACAACAACAUCCAACAAAUAUUUAACAGUCCAUUUCAAAAUCUCGUCUCUGUUGAAAAUAUAGAUUUGUCUUACAACAGGAUAUCUAAUAUUGAAGACCUUUUCCAAUUUGAAACUCGACCAUUCAAAAUGCAUUCAAUAUCGUUGGCACACAAUUCUAUCGUAGAAAUACCCGGUUAUGCAUUUGAAGAGUUGUCUAGCCUUGUGGAGCUCGAUCUUUCCUACAACUAUAUACGUGAGUUAAGGGAGGAACCUUUUAGCAACUUAACCAAUUUACAGGUCUUGAGACUAAACAACAAUAAAAUAAAGGAUCUUAACGGUGCGUUACAUAACUUGCUAAAUUUAAGGCAUUUGUAUUUGAGAUCGAAUGAAAUACAAAAAUUCGAUAUGGGGACGAUUAAUACGAUAAAUCAUUUGGAAACCUUUGACUUAUCUAAAAAUCUAAUUGAAACGAUAGAUCCGACGUUGUUUCCAAGACACUGGAAACAUCUGAGCAAUAAUUCAAUUUGUAGGAUCAUGCUCUCAGACAACCAUAUUGCACACAUACCAAAUGCAUCGAUUGAAGUUUUUGAAAGAUUUAGAAGAAAUUCUAAUAAACCGAUAUACGUGUUUACUAAACUUGAUUUGUCUAAUAACUCCAUAACUAAUAUUGAAUACAAUGCAUUUAGUCUUAUGCAAAUCAUAUCGAUUGAUUUGUCUAAUAACCGAUUGACCGAUUUUAUUGUAAACGCAGAUGAUCUGAUUUACGUGAGAUAUCUAAAUCUAAGCAGCAACUAUUUGAACAGGCUAUAUUAUGAAAGUUUUUCUUCGAUGCACAAUCUACAAAACUUUGAUUUAUCGCAUAACUACAUGGAAUAUUUUCCCGAUCAAUCAUUAUCGAACACUCAUAGUUUGAAAUACGUGAACAUUACAUAUAACGAUAUCCUUGAAUUGCACAGCUUGCGAAUAACAUUUCAUCCUGAAGGCGGCUACUUAGACCUUUCGAACAAUGGUCUAUCAUCUCUCAUUAUCCCUGAAAAUGAAGCCAUUGGCUUAAAAGAGCUUGCCCUCAAUUCUAAUAAUAUCUCAGAUGCCUAUCUGAUAAGGUUAACUGAUCAACACAAUCUGACGAGACUAGACAUGAGCAAUAAUUUCAUUGUAGAGUUAGACGAGUCAUCCUUGCAGUUACCUGAAAAGUUGGACUACUUGGACAUAAGUUUCAAUGACAUUUACAGAAUUGCACCCUCAGCAUUCAUCCGCUUAAAUAAUUUGCAAACUUUGAGAUUAUCCCAUAAUCAACUAAAAGUAAUUGACCAUGGUGUUUUCCGUGGGUUAUCGAUAUUGAUGAACCUUGACCUGUCGUUCAAUGAAAUUGGUCAGUUAGACUCGAAAGUGUUUAUGGAUUUAAAGAUGUUGAGUUUGCUCUCUCUGCGUAAUAAUGGUCUGAACAUACUAGAUAAUGAUGGUUGGCUUUCUCGUAAGCAGGAUUUGACUUUGUAUUUGGAUGAUAAUAAUUUGUCAUGCACGUGGCUAGCUAAGGCUUUGACAGAUUUCAACAGGGGGUACUCAAGAAUGCAUCCUUCGGUUUUGAAGCCUGUUUUAACUGGAAACUCUAUACAGGGUAUCCCAUGUAAGCAGGAAGUACAGAAUUUAGAAUAUCCAAGUGCAAAAUACAUGACUGAUGAGCGGCUUUUGAUAAUAAAUCAGAAUAUUUUGGAAGCUGUGCAGGAACAGACGUCGUUGUUGCGGAAGUUUAUGUGGCAUUCAAUCCUACAAGAUGCAGAAAGGAAAACUGCAUUGAAUGUCGUGUAGUUCGCAUAAAGUGGAAACAUGUGAUUAGUUAUUAGAUAUCUAAUAAUAUUUGUAGUUUUUUCUAAUUUUUGUAUUUUGAUACUGUAUUAUUUUUUAUUAUCAAUUUAAUUGUAUAAUUAAUAAUAAA